UGCGCUUCUGAUGGCCGGUAUAUGACACACCGCUCAGGGAUUACACACACACACACUCACACAUACAUACACACACUGUACUUACAAACAAACACACACACUCACUCUUACGCAAAGUACACACACUCUCCCCGCGCGUUUAUCGCUUUUUAUCUUCAUCUCUUUAUUCUUCUCUUCCUCUCCGCUACUUUUGGAUACUUUUUAUCAAUUCUUUUUUUUUCUCCGGGAUUUCUGGCUCUCUGAAGAGAAGCGCGUGCAGCGGACAUGGCCGGGAUCCGGUGUAACUUUACACCGCUUUUAUUAUCCUCAUUAUUAUUAACAUCAUUCUUAUCAUUAUUCUGCUCCUCGCCGUCGUGCGCGCUCCAGAUGGACCGGGUGCGCGUGAGCUCCGUGUCCACGUACGGUGUGGAGCUGCAUGGCGUCGGUGGUUCGGUCCGGACCCGCAGGACGGGCACGAGCACGAGUGGACUGACCCACCACAUGAAAGUCUCCGGGGUGAAUGUCUGUGGAGGGCAGUGCUGUAUUGGAUGGAGUCAAGCUCCUGGAUCUCAGCGUUGCACAAGGCCCAACUGUCUUCCAAAAUGUCAAAAUGGCGGCAUGUGCCUAAGGCCGCAGAUGUGUGUGUGUAAACCUGGAUCGAAAGGGAAAUUAUGUGAGCAAACCUCACUACCCACGUCCUCUCAGCCAUCUGGUCGGCCAGUGAACAGACACACAAAUGGACACGAUAACGGACACAGUAAUGGACACACCCUCAUACUGCAGCGUCCGAUUCCUCAGCAGGUUUUCCCACAAGGCCCUGCUUCAUAUCCUCUACCCAGCACUAACAUGGCGCACAUGACCCUGAACAUGAAGGCAGGGCCCAACAGCCAACAGCCAAUCCCCUUUCAGCAACAUAUACAGCGUCCUGUCUCCAUAAACAUGCAACAGGCAAAAAAUCAGAAGUUUGUGAUCAAGCCGAAUUUUUAUCCCUCACACAACACACACACGCAGCUACACGGAGCAGGAUACCCACCUGAACGCAGCAUCCCUCUGAGCGCCGGACACCACCCGCUACACGUGGCCAACCACACAGGUCGGAUCAAACUGGUCUUCACGCCGACCAUCUGCAAGCUGACGUGUAGUGGGGGUCGCUGCCACAACACCUGCGAGAAGGGAAACACCACCACCAUCAUCAGCGAGAACGGACGUGCCACUGACACGCUCACCGCCCCUAACUUCAGAGUCGUGGUGUGUCACCUGCCCUGCAUGAAUGGAGGAAAGUGUAACGCCAGAGAUAAAUGCCAGUGUCCACCGAACUUCACCGGAAAGUUCUGCCAGAUGCCGACGCAGAACGGCGCAAGCACCAACGUCCACACCACACACACACUCCCACUGAGCUAUGGCCACAGCCAGGGUGUGGUAAAUAUUCAUGUAAAUCAUCCCCCUGAAGCAUCAGUUCAGAUUCAUCAGGUGUCUCAGGUGGACAGCAGCAGCACUGUACAGAAAUUUCAGCAGCACAGCACGUAUACCAACCAGCAGAGCUUCCUGCAUUACCAACCCGUCACCUCAAAGAGCCAGCUCGGGCGCUGCUUCCAGGAAACCACUGGCAUGCAGUGUGGUAAAGCCCUCCCGGGCCUCUCUAAGCAGGAGGACUGCUGUGGGACGAUCGGCACUUCCUGGGGAUUCCACAAAUGCCAAAAGUGUCCAAGGAAGCAGUCUAUUCCUCUGCUUGAGUGUCCACACGGGUACAAGAGGUUUAACAGCACGCGCUGCAUCGAUGUAAAUGAGUGUCAGUUACCAGGUGUGUGUCCUAACGGGAACUGCAUUAACACACCCGGGAGCUACAGGUGUUUAUGUCAGCCUGGAUUUAUCCCCGACUCCACCCUCACCAGCUGCUAUCCCGAGGCCCCGCCCCCUGUGAUUGAGGAGGAGAGGGGGGCGUGUUUCCGUGUGUUUGGUGGUGGGCGUCAGUGUUUGCACCCCGUCUCCACUGAGUUGAGCAAACAGCUGUGCUGCUGCAGCGUGGGGAAGGCGUGGGGGGGCAAGUGUGAGCGCUGUCCACUGCCCGGAACAGCUGCGUUUAAGGAGAUUUGCCCCGGUGGUUUGGGGUACCAAGUCACCAAUCCGUAUUUCUACAAACCCAAACCUCCUCCUCCUCCUCCUGUAAACCCGGAGGUACAUGAGCGAGGCGACGGACACCGCCCUGUGAUCACACAUCCGAAGCCGACCAUCGCCAUUUUGCCGCUGCCCGUCCCCACACCCCAGCAACCCGUCGAGGCUUUCGGCUUCACUGAGAGACACCUACCUGUCCGAGUGGUGGUGGAGAAGACCUCACCAGUUGCUCCAGUUGUCCUUUUACCGUCUAGCGCUAGUCAGGACAUUAACCCGACUCAGUUUGCAGAAGUGGACGAGUGUGUCGUGCGUCCUGAUAUCUGUGGUCAUGGCUUUUGCUACGAUACUGCCGAGAGUUACAACUGCAUCUGUGACAAAGGCUACAAGCUGAACGAUGAGGAGACCACCUGCGUAGAUGUUGACGAGUGUGUGGACGAUCCUCACCUGUGUGUUAACGGUCGCUGUAGGAACACACCUGGCAGUUUCACUUGUGUGUGUAAGCUGGGCUUCAGUCUGGAGGAGAAGGGAACCAGCUGUGUGGAUAUAAAUGAGUGUGAAGCUCCAUACGUGUGUCCUGAGAACAGCUUGUGUGUCAACACACCCGGCUCAUACACAUGCCGUCAGUGCAGCAAAGGAUACACAUUGGGUCAGAGCGGACAGUGUGAAGACGUAGACGAGUGUCAGAAUGGCAGUGUGUGUCCGUCUGGUCUGUGUUACAACACUCUCGGCUCGUACAUGUGCAGCCCGUGUCCUGAAGGCUUCCAGGGCAAAGAUGGCAAGUGUGUAGAUAUCGACGAGUGUGUGGAUAGCUCCGUGUGUGUUCAUGGUCAGUGCUCCAAUCGUGAAGGCUUCUUCAUCUGUACAUGUGAUGACGGCUUCACUCCCACUCCAGACCGCAAAGCCUGCACAGACAUUGAUGAGUGCCAGGAUGAGAGUGUGUGUACGAGGGGUCACUGUGCGAACACAGAGGGAGCUUUCAUCUGUCACUGUGGAAGCGGAUUUACCCUGUCUGAGUCAGGAGAGCAGUGUGACGAUGUGGAUGAGUGUCAGGAGCAGGGAGGACUGUGUGAUAAUGUUGGUCAGUGUGUGAAUAACAUCGGAUCGUACCACUGUAACUGCCCCCCGGGGUACAGGCAGGUCAACGGCACUCGCUGCCAAGACAUAGACGAGUGUGUGGAGGAGCCUCUGAAGCCACACAGUGUGGAGUGUGUGAACACAGAGGGCUCGUUUUACUUCAUCUGUGAGCCUGGAUAUGCCUGGACACAGGAUCCACCCGAGUGUGAGGAUGUGGAUGAGUGCACUCUGAACAGGAGUGUAUGUGGGCACGGUGCGUGUCACAAUACUGUGGGAUCGUUUUUGUGUCAGUGUGACCCUGGCUAUGAGGACAAACGCAGCGGUCAGGGCUGUGAGGACAUGAACGAGUGUGAGCUCCUGAGCGAUGUUUGCGGUGAGGCGGUGUGUGAAAACGUCCCAGGGUCUUUCAUCUGUGUGUGUCCUGAAGAGGGCUUCGAGUUUAACCAGAUGACGGCGAAGUGUUUACCAGCCCCGAAAGCCUCGUCCACAGAGAGGAAAGUGUGUUACUACAACCUGAGCGAUGAAAACCUGUGCGAUAACGUGUUGGCAAGCAACGUGACCAUUGAGGAGUGCUGCUGUACCCUCGGAGCAGGAUGGGGCGACAACUGCGAGGUUUUCCCCUGUCCCAUUCAAGACUCAGAUCAGUUCACUCAGAUGUGUCCAGCCGGACGAGGAAACAUUCCAAAGGAAGACAACGCCUCACCUGUUACAUACAAAGAUGCUGAUGAAUGUGAAAUCUUUAAGGAUGAGAUCUGUAAAGACGGAUUCUGUCAGGACACACAAGGAGCAUUUGAGUGUUACUGCAAGGCUGGACUCUACUACGACGAGAACAUACUGCAGUGUUUAGACACAGACGAGUGUUUAGACGAGUUGAACUGUGUGGAUGGUCAGUGUAUAAAUAAUUACGGCUCGUACCAGUGUUUCUGUACGCCCCCCCGGGUGCUCGAUCCUACACACAAGCGCUGUGUUCUCCCCGAGGCUGCAGAGCCCAGAGAGCAGCAAGGUGUGUUUCAGGAGAUCUGUUGGCAGACCGUUUCCCCGACACUGACCUGCACCAACAUGCUGAACGGCCGAGUGACCACUUACACAGAGUGCUGCUGUCUGUACGGAGAGGCCUGGGGCAUGCAGUGUGCGCUGUGUCCUCCGAAACACUCCGAGGAUUACGCCGUGAUGUGUAACCUUAGAGGGUCGGGGUCGGUCAGACAUCCGUAUGGUCAGGACGCUCUGGUGGCCAGACCUGGUCACGAAUACGAAGUCCCCCUGGAGUACGACCCGCAAGUCUUACCCCCUAACCCGAACUUCUACGAGGACUACGACGACUCAAACACGGGAAGAUACGAGUCGUUUGAGGGACUGCGAGCGGAGGAGUGUGGGGUGUUAAACGGCUGUGAGAACGGACGGUGUGUGAGGGUGCAGAAGGGCUACACGUGUGACUGUUUCGACGGAUACACACUCGACAUGUCCCGAAUGGCUUGUGUUGAUGUAAAUGAAUGCACCGAGCUCAACAAGCGCAUGUCUCUGUGCAGAAACGGGAAAUGCAUCAACACACAGGGUUCGUAUAAAUGCCAGUGUUUGCCAGGAUACACACCAUCAGAGAAACCUAACUACUGCGUUCCCAUCAUGCCGAGCGCUAGCACCGGCACAGAGUGACCACCAGGGGACGCCACCAUCACAACACACACACACACACACACACACACACACACGCUCUUAUUUAAUCAAAGCCCAUAUAAUCUGCACUGUAUUAUAAAACACACAAACACAAACACACACGGAGGGAAAAAAAAACGACAACAGAUUUCUACUUGAGAUGAAGAUAAACGUUUCUCAUUCUUUCUAAUCUUAUUGAGAGAAAACAGAACUGUAUAAAAUUGUUUAUUGUCUUUAUGUUUGUUUUUCAGUUAUUAUAUUAGAAGGAGUCUUUAGUGUAUUUUUUUGUUUGUUUGUUUAUUUGUUUUUGUUUGUUUUUUCUAUUGGGACAAACCCUAUGAACUGAACACUGGGGGAUAAAUCAGCGUUCUUUACCCGGCGAGAGACUGAUGGUUUAUUCAAUAAUGUUAUAUUCCGGCAUUUGUUUUCCUCUCUCAGCCCUCCUUUCCUCUCCUUAUCCUUUCUUUUGCUUUUCUCCUUGCAUCUUGGGUUCAUCUCAUAUACACUAAUUGUUAAAGUUAUGUUUAUAUAUCCUAAAAUGAACCGUUUACAAGGUUCUAUCUGUAUGGUAUCGGUUCUGUUUGGGAACUUUUCAAAUCCGUCUCAUCUUAAAAUCCAUGUAAAAUCUAGUUUUUUUUUUUUUAUGUUUAUGGAAUGUUGUUUGUGACCCCUUAAACUCUGCCUACUUGCAUUUUUUAAAUGAAUUAAUUUUAAGUGCUCUUCAGCUGUUCCUCUUGGAGAACCCUCAACGGUUUGAAAGAGAAGAACCCUUAAUCAUUUAAAAAAGAUUAAAUAAUAUAAUCUAGAGCAGCUUCCAUGUUUACCUUCCGUGUAUAAACCUUUACAUGUUACAAGGAACUCUUGAAGAACUUAAAACACUAAUAUCAGAAAUGGUUUUAGUAAAGUUCUCAAUAUAGAAUACUUUGAGAAGGCUAAAGAACCCAAAUGAUAUGUAGAACUUUAUACUUGUUUCUCUGUUCCAAGUAGAACCAGUUCAGAAAGCUAACAUGACUUAGUUAUUACAAAGAACUCUAGAAAAGACUGUUCAUAAGAACCAGUUCCAAGAAGAACCCUUUAAAGAAUGCUUAAUCAGCCAUAGUAGCACUAAAUAACAGUUAGAACCCUGUAGCUGUUUUCAUAUCAGAGAAUGUAUGUUUGUAUGGUUAGAAAAGAAUGAAGAACCUGAAUAAUGUACAGCCUUACAGUUGAGUGUUUAUUAGAAACUGUAUACUUUUAGAAGUCUGAAAAAAAUGAAUGACUAAUUAAAAGAACCUUUAAAUUACAUAAAACUAAUUGCUUUUCUAUAACAGAAGGUCCCUGGAACCCUUUUAGAGAAAACAUAACAGCACUCAGUUAUCACCAAGAACCCUGCAAAUGAGUGUUGGUGUCAAACCAUUUCUAGCAGAACCCUAAUAACACUGUGUAGAAGCAUUUUAGGAAGAUCUUGCACUUAUUGCAAAAAAACAUGUUCUUUUGUAAGGAUUCCCUGUGCCAAUUGUAAGUAGGAACCCUUUCUGAUAAAGACACUACUAUUGUGUUCUACAGCCCUUAACAAUUAUUUGUUGUUGUUGAUUUCAGCUUUCUGUAAGGGUUCUCGUUGAAAGGUUCAAUAAUCCUCCUAAAAGUAUUCUAGCUCCGUUAUUGGUUUCUGGGUUCCUCAGCGGUGUUUUGAAAUAAAUAAUGGUCCUUAGAUUUCUGAAGGUUCCUCUUUGCAACUCUCUGAUGAAGAUACUGCUGUAGGGUUCUCUGUUGUUUGAUUAAAUUUUAGUUCUUUAAAAUGGGUUUCACUUGGAGCUGUUUUCUGAUUGACACGAAGAGUCCCCCUUGGAAUUCUGCAAGGUUCCCCCAGGGAAAUGAAUGAGGAAUCCUUUAAGGUUCUAGAUUUACUAAGACCCUAGGUAGCUGCUUAAAUCCUUUAAGGCAGGUGUAAGUGUGUUAAAUUAAAAUAAAAGUAAAUGUUAUAUCUACAUUGUUACUAUUAAAACCUUCAGGCUAAUAGCCAUGCCUGCAAUUGGAUAAUUAAUAACUAGCAUGUGUGACGACACUGAAAGAAAAGCACAUAGUCAGUGAGACGCUAAUGCAUGGUGCAUUGUGGGUAAUAAACUUUGUUACAAAGAAAUUAGGAAGAAACUUAAAAAAUAUUUUAUAAAUUUGGAUUGUUUUUUAAUAAUAAAUAAAUGAAAAAGUUCUAGAAAUAAUGUUAACUCGUGAUGAACUUCACAUUGAGAAUAUUACUUUUUUUUAUCACAGUGACAAUAAAACAACCUUUUUGUAUUAAGGAUUGAAAAAAAAAGUUCUCUGUGUCUGGAACAUUGAACAACAAAAUAUUUUUGUUAAAAUUCCUGUUCUUGUGUCGUUCCAUGUUUAUCCUUUAUAAAGCUGAUCUGGAAUCAGAUGGAGAAAUUAAAAAACUGAUUCUAGAUCAGCAGUUUAACCUCAUGUUCAGGUUAGAUGGGAAAAAGUCAGAACAUUACAGCAAUACAACAGACAGCUAGAUAAUUGCAGUGCACGGUAAGAUUGAAUACAGCUAGCUGGCUAGCGGCUCAUGCAAAGACAGGGUUAAAUAACUUCUAGUAUCACUUUAUUUUUCUUUUAACUUGAGUGCAGUACUGGUGAUGAAUGCAGCCACCAGAACCAAGAUUAAAAUAAACUGCCAUGGAGCUAGCAUUCCAUUUAGGAGCGAAUAUGCUAACGUGGUGUUAAGCUAAUGUUUGAAAAUAAAAUAAAUAAAUAAAAAAUCUGUAACUAAACAUUAAGUGCAAUUUUAACUUUUAGGUAGCAAUCUAAAAACAAGGGAACUUCCACCCAUUUCAGUCUCUAAAUUUCAAUGGUUGUCACAGACAAUUAAACAGCAAAUUAAGUUCAUCUGAAAAUGUACGCAUGUAAUGCUUGUAUGUAAACUGACUAGUGUAUUUUACCUAAGAUUCUAAAUGUUUCACUUGUAGCGAGCUGCACCAGUCUAAUUAAUAUGUAAAUUGAUUAGCACAGUAAUAUACUUACCUAAUAGUAAUAAGUUAGCUAGUUAUAUUACCAUCUACAUUAUCGUAGCUAAUAAUGUUAUAUACAUUGGGAACCUUGUACUAGUAAACUUGCAUCCACUGAAACAAAAAAACCCUGUGGUUUCUACAAUAAGCUAGCUAGAACAAUGUUGUAUUUGAGGUAUAACGUUAGCUAACUCUGUUAUCAUUAAUGAGAAAAGUAAUUAGUGCAGACAUAUACUAAGUAGUAGUGAUAAUUUAUAGUACUAUAGUACCACUAUGGAAACUAUAGUAGUCUAGAAUGUUAGUAAGUUAGCUACAGUAAGUUAGUCCUAAUAAGUCAUUUAGCCAUAUUGUUUUAUUGAAUUAGCUAGCUAUAGGGCAUAGUGUAAUUAUUUAGCACAUUAUUAGCUUUACGCUUUUAAAUUAGUAACUACAGAAAUAGUAAGAGGCAUCACGGUGGCGCCUCCAGUCCGCUCUGGGUUCAGUUCCCACAUUGGGUCUGUGUGCAUUAAGUUUGCAUGUUUUCCCUGUGCUUGGUGGGUUUCCUCCUAAUGCUAAAGACAUGCAGAUUGGGAUAAUUGGUAAUUGUGCCCCAUUAUGGAUUGGCUCUCCGUCUUGGGUGUGCCCCUGCCUUGUGCCCUAAGUUUCCUAGGAAAACGCCCCUGUGACUUUGUAUACAGGAUAAAGCGGUAAAGAUGAUGAAUAAGUGAGAAAUAGCUAGGUGUUUAGUUAGCUAGUAAAAGUGGUAUUUUUUGUGGCAACUUAAACUGUUUUGAAUGUUUAUUUUACUACAAAACUAUUAGCAUGUUAGCAACGUAGCCAUCCAAGCCUCACUAGCGUGAACGUCUGGUUAGAUGAACUGAGGUAAAUAUGGAACGCAGCUUUUAGCCUUUAUAGUUUUUUAACUACAGUACUUAACAACGCGACUCUUUAUGUGAAAAUGAUGAAGUGCCUUAUAUAACAUUUAUAUAUAAUUUUUACUUUUUACCCAAAUUGUUUUAUUUCCCAGGAGAAGUCUUGCCAGGUCGCAAAGCUGCUAUUAAACAGCCGUGGGAUUUUGUUUGUUUUAGUUUUUUUCCCUUUCUUUUUUUUCUUUUUUUGUACAUUUAAACAGAAGAGUUUUGAUAAACACUUUGAUGUAUUUGUAAUUUGUUUAUGAAUAAAAUAGCUCUUGUAUGUUUCUCCAUAUACGAAUGUACAUUAAUAAAUUGUAAUAAAUUGCCAAUGGUGAUAUUUACACA